UGUCUUUCGCAACAUUUCUGUCUCGUUUGUCGAUACAGUUACAGUGAAAUUAAGGUGGUAGCGGAUUCGAACCUACUACCCCAAAAUCCAAUAGAAUAAAAUGAAGUUAUUACAGGUGUUUUGCAUAUUGGCGACCAUCAUAGUGUUGAGUGAUGCUGCCGCUCAAAGAGAGAGCAAAAGAGAGCUCAAAAGAGUUGCACCCCGACAAGCGCCCUAUGACCCAGAAUACUAUCCCGAAUCAACGGGUUACGGAAUGCCAUAUCAGUUCGGCUACUCAGUCUACCAUCCGCAGUCGUACAAUGACUACGGCCAUCAAGAGAAAAGUGAUGGAAAGCGCGUAGAUGGCGAGUACCGUGUCGCACUUCCGGAUGGUCGCACCCAAAUUGUGACUUAUUACGUCGAGGGCAACAGCGGUUUCCAAGCCAAAGUUCGCUACGAACCCACAGUCGCCAAUCCGCCACCAAUCACGCCAUCCAGCAGACCAUAUGAGGGACCCGAGCCUCCAUAUGUACCCAAAAAGCCUGUCUACGCUCCUGAGCCAGUGUACGAGCCAAGGAAGCCUGUGUACGCUCCUGAACCUUCGUACGAAUCAAGAAAGCCCGAGUACACUCGUGAACCCACAUACGAGCCUAGAAAACCAUUCUAUCCUCCACCCCAAGAACCUGCUUAUGUGCCCAAAGAACCAGUCUAUGAGCCCAGACCAGUCUACCGUCCCAGAGAACCAGAGUAUCCAUCUGGGCAUUUGAUCAAGAAGCCUUUGUACGAACCGAAUCCGUUUUACUCGAGCACCGACAAGCCAUCAAUCGAACAGCACCAAGAACCAUUCAUCUCGACAAUUUCUCCUCCAGUUACAGACGAACCGAAAUCGUCUCCGCCGCCGUCACCAGCGAGUGAAGUGCGCAAACCUCACGAUGGCUACUCUCCCAACCCGUAUACUAAACCUUAUCCUCCCAACGACUAUCCCACCACGCAGACACCAUACCCUCAGACUUACGUUCCUUACGCGCCCCGUGAAUACCCCAAACCUCACGACGGCUACUCCGACAGGCUUUACAAACAGUUCCAAGGUGACUAUGGUAGAAAAGUCCAGCCUCAUGAUGGCUAUACCCCAAAGCAGUACAACGAGCCUAAAGAGGAGCAUGUUCCAGUUCCUCCAACGUCCUUACCUCACGAUAUUUAUUCCCACAAGAAGUACAACGAGCGCAAAGAGGAAUACACUCCCAACUUGCCUCAUGAUGGCUAUUCUCCUAGGCUUUACAACCAGCCCAAGGAAGAGUAUGCUCCUAAGCCUUACACCAGGCCUCACGAAGGAUAUGCUCCCAAGCAGUACCCACAAGAAGAGAAUCCGGCUCAGGAAGUCUACACUCCGAGACCGUAUCAGCCUGAAGAACAUUCUUCCGGCCGUCCGGUGCCUCACAGCGGCUACGGAGAAUCGAAUUAUCGCGCCAGUGAACCUCGUUACUUGGAAAAAUACCGACCCAGGCCCAACUACCCACGCCCCCACGACGGCUACAGCACCGAGUCAUAUCCCCGUCGUGAAUUGAAUAAGCAAGGUGUUGAAUCCGGAGAGAGGAAACCACACAGCGGGUAUUCCGACAACGAAGUGGUCGAACUCCGCCGUCCCGCCAGCGAGAAGCGAAGACGUAGCCCACCGAAACGGGUGGUGAGACAACGUUACGUGCCCAUCACUAGGCGCAACUCACGCAAGAUUACGAAGGAAGUGAAAGGGAGUCAAGCGAGUCCGUCUCAGGUGUCUGUUACCACUGUCCAGCCGAGUCAGUUGACAACCAAUAGGCAAUAGAUAAAAUGUUGUAUUUCCUUUUUCAAUUGUUUAAUAUUUGAAAACUUGAAAAUUCCGGGCGAUGGUGCAGGUCAUCAACUCCGGUCCCUAUCUCGUAUAGUUUUUUAAAUGUUUCACAUCUAUUCGAGUCCUCUAUUUUUCUAUGUUGCAAUUCAUUUUCUGUUGAGGCGAGCGUUAUCAAUGUUGAAUGAAUUAAUCGUUGAUUCGCUUAUUUUUCUUGGUUAUCGUUUGAUGAAUUUCCCACGCACGUGUAUCACUCAAUCAAUAUACAUUUUCUCACACUAAAAA